AUUCCGCUCACAUCUGGGCCGCUGGCUCUGGGCGUAGCCGACGGUGGGCGAUUGAACCACGUUUUUAGGACGUAUUAAGCAGUGCUCGCUCGUGAGUCCGUGUUGUUGGGAAGCGCAAGGGUCGUUGCCGAGCCGACGCCGACGCGCGUCCAAGCAUGGAUCUGAGCGAUGGAUCUGCGCUAGCCGGCGGCAGAUGAUCGCCAGGAAUUCCGUGGCGCCGCGGCGUGGAUCGCCGCCUGUGAAUUGCGCCAGGGGAAUUCUAGGGUUCUUGGAGCGGGAUCGCUCUCCCGGAGAUUUCGGUGCUGGAAAUUCCGUGCGUGAUUGAUGAUCUCGUGCUGCGUCGCCCCCGCGGAGAAGAAGGCGGCCUGCUCAAUGGCGAAGCCGAUGCCCGGGCAUGGACAAGGUACUCCAUCCAGAGUCAAUGGCACGCAAUUCAAGCCGCCGCUGCCGAUUCUCACGGAUCCCAGCAGCUCCUCGUCAUCGAAAUUCUCCGAGCAGUCGCCUCUUGUAGCUCAUUCAGGGGAGCUCAAGCAUCUAAAGCUACCUCCAUCGGGCGAGCUCUCGAGAGCCCCAUCCCGAGCUCCAUCCGUGAGCGUGGAAGUGAACGAGAUGAUCGAGGGGAGGAGCAGCGCCGCGAAUCCCAACGUGGCUGGAGUUCUCCACAAGUGGGUCAACUUUGGGAAGCGGUGGAGGUCGCGAUGGUUCGUACUUCACGAUGGUGUUCUCUCGUACUACAAGGUUCACGGACCUGAUAAGCUUUACGUCAACCAGGAGCUCCAGAAAGGUGUGCGUGUGAUUGGAGACGAGGCACAGAAACUCAUGAGAAAGCCCAGGAAGCACUGGAACGAGAAGAGACCGAGAAAAACUUCUGGUGAUGUUCAUCUAAUGGUGGCGUCCAUUCGUAAGAGCAAAUCCGAUGACAAGAAGUUCUACAUCUUUACCGGAACAAACUCGUUGCAUCUGCGAGCAGAAUCAAGGGACGACAGAGCUACUUGGCUAGAGGCACUGCAGGCUGGAAAAGAUCUUCUUCCGAAGAUAAUUUGCCUCCAACCGCACGAAGAAGACUCCAUCUCGACGGACGGAUUAAGGAAAAGGCUAAUCGAAGCGGGCGUCAGCCAGGGAGUCAUCAAGGACUGCGAGAACAUAAUUUUGACGGAGUUUAGGGAGAAAGUAACGCCACUUCAGCAGAGGUACCUGUUUUUGAUGAACAGGUUGAAUCAGCUAGAGGCUGAAAAGGUAGAGCUAGAGACAACAGUAGUGGAGGAGUCUCGGAGUCAUGAAGAUCAGCCACAGGAGAGAGAUCACGGCAGUGAAUCGGAUUCGGAGGAAGACAACGGCAAAAUGCUCGAUGCGGAAACUGAUGACGAUGACGACUUAUAUUUCGACACAGCCGAAUCUCUCUCAGGCUCAUUUCGGAGUCCAUCGUUUCUUCACCGUCAGUUAUCAGCUGAUCCUUUAGAUGGAGGAGACUCGCCUGUACUCAGCACCCCCAGAGCUGUACUUCCUGAUCCAGCUAUGGAGCUGUUCAGCCAAGACUAUCCCAUCGUUAACAGACGCAAAAAGCUACCGGAUCCAAAGGAGAAGGAGAAGGGAUUCAGCCUUUGGUCCAUUAUCAAAGAUAAUAUUGGGAAGGACCUUACGAAAGUGUGCCUCCCGGUGUAUUUCAACGAACCAAUUUCCUCGUUGCAGAAGUGUUUCGAGGACCUGGAAUACUCUUAUCUUCUUGAUAGAGCGGCCGUUUGCGGCCAAAUGGGUAAUAGUCUUCUGAGAAUUUUGUACGUCGCAGCGUUUGCGGUUUCCGGGUAUGCAUCCACAGAUGGUCGAAUAUGUAAGCCGUUCAAUCCUUUGCUAGGAGAAACGUAUGAAGCAGACUAUCCUGAUAAGGGAGUCAAAUUUUUCUCCGAGAAGGUCAGUCACCAUCCCAUGGUGGUAGCCUGUCACUGUGAGGGACGUGGAUGGAAACUCUGGGGCGACAGCAAUCUAAAGAGUAAAUUUUGGGGGCGUUCAAUCCAGCUGGACCCCGUAGGAAUUUUAACCCUGGAAUUCGAUGACGGAGAAGUUUUUCAAUGGUCUAAGGUGACCACAUCAAUUUACAAUCUCAUACUAGGAAAGCUUUACUGUGAUCACUACGGCACAAUGCGCAUUCAAGGAAACCGCGACAUGUCCUGCAAGCUUAAAUUCAAGGAGCUGUCUAUAAUUGAUCGUAAUCCUCAUCAGAUUCAUGGCUUUGUCUAUAACAAAGCAAAUAAGAAGCUGGCAACGCUUUUUGGGAAAUGGGACGGGAGCAUGUAUUACGUGAACGGAGACCUGGCGACGAAGCCGCGAGGUUAUGAUCCUAUGUGCGAAGCGGAACUGCUUUGGGCCCGUAACCUGCCUUCGGAUUAUCCUACCAGAUACAACUUAAGCUCUUUUGCAAUCACGGUCAACGAGCUCACACCAGGACUCGAGGAGAAGCUGCCACCAACAGAUUCCCGACUGAGACCUGAUCAACGACAUUUGGAAAACGGUGAAUACGAGCAGGCUAAUUCCGAAAAGCUGCGGUUGGAAGGGAAGCAGCGGAGGGCUAGGAAGUUGCAGGAGAGAGGCUGGCAACCUCGAUGGUUUCACAAGGACAUUGGAUCGAGCACUUUUAAGUACAUAGGUGGGUACUGGGAAGCAAGGUCACAGGGCGACUGGAGCAACUGUCCCGACAUUUUUGGACAAAGCUUGCCCGAUGAUGGGUCUGACUGAGGCUCGAUCCCGAAGGAUUCUUCUUCAAAUUGAUAAAAAGAUACGUCAAUUUUGUUUCU